CAUACUCUAUCAGGGCAGGUAGUACGCGGAUUUGCUAGAUUUUUAUUGCAUAUAAUUUUAUAUAAGAUAAAAAAAAAUAUGUAAAGCCUAUAGUACCCGUGUUGGGAAUAGAUUGUGAUAAAAAUUACUCAAGUUAAACAAUGUCAUUAGAACCAUCGGCUUGUGAAGAUUUGAAAGCCUUUGAGCGGCGCUUAACCGAGGUUAUUGCCGCGCUUCAACCAGCAACUUUACGAUGGAGGAUACUGUUAUGCACCAUGUCGUUGAUCACUUUCGUAGGAGCAUUCUACUGGCUAACCGAUCCGCGAACCUCAAUCGUCCCACUGAUGGACUCGCUGUGGAACCAUCCAGUAUUCACCUUCUCAACUGCAAUUUUAUUGCUUUUAUUUGUCUUCGGAAUCCACAAGCUGGUGAUCGCCCCGCAAAUAAUAACCUCGCGGACCCGCAGCGUUCUAGCCGAGUUCAACAUGUCCUGCGACGAGACGGGGAAGCUGAUCCUGCGACCCCGGCCGACCAAUAAUUCCCGCUACAUGGACAUGAGCUAGGCAACCAUGUUCGAUGGAACUAACCCUUUUAUUUACAUCCAUUUGUUUCUACACCUUCAUAGAUUCUUAGGGAAUAAUAGUUGGUAGCGCGGCUUAAAUUUAAAAAUAAAUAAGUUGUUCUGAUGCAACGUGGACGAUGGUUCAACAGGAUCAAAUAUGUGUAAUUAUAUAUUUCAGAUAGUAGAAUCAAAUUGUAAAUAGGCAUUUUUGGAUUGUUUAGAAUUUUCAAAAUAGAAAGCCUAUUUUGCUGAAUCGUGUUAGUUGAUGUUUAGUGUUGUAUGAGGGUAGAAAAUAAAAUUGAUCAUCGGAAAGAUUAAGAUAUUCCUUUAAGGAAUGAGUGUCAAAAUUUUAUGAAUUCAAAUUGUGCGUCAAGGGGCAGAAAAUACGUCAUUUUUUUGUUAUUUAAACCUUUUAGACUAGAUGAUGUAAGCGCUUUGCUUACCCAGUUCCUCAGAGCUUUCGGUUUUUCAAUAGAAUAGGAAGGGUAUUACCGAAUACACCAGUAACACGUGAGCGAUUUCUACAUUUUUGAUCAAGUCAAUUUCUAACCGUUUCAGCCUAGAUUAAUAAACAUGAAACAAUUUUAAUUAUCUAAUUUUCAACGGAACUAAAUAAAUAAAUUUGUAUGAGUUCUGGCUUACAUAGAUUUAUUACGGAAUUUUUUUAAAUAAAUAAUCUCGAGACAAGUAUUAA